CCAAAUUAUGUCUCGCGAUUCCUCGCGAACUCUCGUGUUCGUCGCGCAACCUCGGGUUCUGACCAGAGGAAGAAGUUCUUUAUCCAUUGACGUAGGGACUGCAGUUCUUCUUUACGUAAACUUAUACAAUAUCCCGAUGUUCGUCGCACCGAAGGAGACCACAUUGCGUUGACAGGUGUAAAAGAUGGCAUUCAGUGCGAAGUCUCUUCGACUGUUGUCUUACGUACAUCUUGUGCUGGGGAUUUUGGCCAUGGCUGCCGGGAUUUCUUCCAUGAACGUGACUGAUUAUUACAGCGGGUUAUUUGGCAUGGGAAUUUGGCUCGGAGCUUGGGUUCUCUUGACAGGUUUGGGUGGAGUGGCAAGUUCAUUGAAGCCUGGGAAUUUUUGCAGGAUUGGAAUUUUCCUAGGAUGUUCUCUGGUUGCUAUUGUGAUCCUGUCAAUUUGCUCCAUUAUAAUCGGCACUGUGGUCAUAAGGCAUUACCAGUUUGAGUCAACUGUGACCCGCGAGUUUUAUGAGGGUAAGGGUACCUUUGGCCAAAAGAACCAUGAGGACUAUUACAGAUCAGAAGAAUAUUUUGAAGACAGACAUAGAGCUGGAAUGAUUGGCCUGGCUGUGUAUGGCUCUCUUUUGGCCAUCAACAUAAGUGAUAUACUGCUGUGCUGUGCAUCAGUUUACGUAUGCCGUGACCUCACCCGCACUGAGCAGGUACAGUACCUUGUUCUCAAGAAGGAAGAUGUUUGUAUAACCAAUAGAGAAAGUAGUAGUCGCAGUGUGUCCUUAACUCACCACACCCAAGGGAACAUAGCUGCUGCUGUACCUGAUGCACAACUAGGAUUUGGUGGACAGAAUUGGGCCGAGUUGGUCUUCCAAGCAGUGCCACAGUCACUACAGCCAGUGCCAGUUCAUUUUGUACAGAGCCCAGAUUGUCAGUUUUUUACGCCAUACAAAUUACCGAACUAUGCUGAAUUAUAUCCGGAAGGGAUUGUAAACUCCAGCAUUACUCAAAACCAACCGCACGUGCCAGAUGAACCACCACCUGAGUACACUCCAACAGCAAACCCUUUGCUUAGUCAGCAUUCAAUGCUUCCAGGCUCUCCUGUCGAAGCCCCCCUUAGUUCUCUCCACCUGUCAACUGAGGAAAAUACAACAGUUGAAGAAACAGCAGUUUCAGCCAGGACUUGCACAACAGGAAGUUCCAGUAUACUGGAAACUACUGUAGUGUCAGAACAAUCUUCAGUAACUCUGGGGCUCUUGGAGGUUACAUCAGAUUGUCAAGCAUUAUCUACCCCUGUCCUUGAAUCAUCAACUUUCCCUAUGAUAUCUUCAAUACCAAAUACUUCUGCAAUCAACACAGAAUUAGCUGUGACAAUUUCACCAGGUUUAUCUUUGAAUGCAUCACAAGUCGUUGCAUCAGAAGACCCAGAUAACACCUCAUCCUUGGAAUCACAAAACAACCAAGUUACAAACCCAGAGACUGUGACUGUGAUAACAGAAACCAGUGGGUCUGAAAUAAGGCAGCCAAGUGACGCACCCAGAGAUUGUGACUGUGAUAACAGAAACCAAUGGGUCUAAAAUAAGGUGGCUAAGUUACACAGCCAGAGACUGACUGUGAUAACAGAAACCAAUGCGUCUGAAAUAAGAUAGCUAAGUUACACAACCAGAAGUUGUGACUACAUGUGAGAACAGAAACCACUGGGUCUAAAAUAAGAUAGCUAAGUUACACACCCAGAGGUUUUGACUGUGAUGACAGAAACCAGUGGGUGUGAAUUAAGAUGGCUAAGUUACACAGCCAGAGACUGUGACUGUGAUAACAGAAACCAAUGGGUCUGAAAUAAGAUAGCCAAGUUACACAGCCAGAGACUGUGGCUGUGAUAACAGUCUGAAAUAGAUGGCCAAGUUACACAGCCAGAGACUGUGGCUGUGAUAACAGAAACCAGUGGGUCUGAAAUAAGACAGCUAAGUUCCACAGCCAGAGACUGUGACUGUGAGAACAGAUAAUAUAGCCAAGUUACACAC